CCUUCUUCAAAAACCUUCGAGCUUUACCCUCAAGCGCCUCCUCGUCUCGGGACUCGAUCGCAACCGAGAAAAACGCAGAAGAAUCCUUUAGAAAUCCGGUUAACCAGAGACAGCCAUGCCGCCGAAGUUGGACCCGAGCCAGAUCGUCGAUGUGUACGUCCGUGUAACCGGAGGAGAAGUCGGAGCCGCGAGUUCUCUAGCUCCGAAGAUCGGUCCACUCGGUCUCGCUCCAAAGAAGAUCGGAGAAGACAUCGCGAAGGAGACCGCCAAGGAAUGGAAAGGAUUGCGAGUCACCGUCAAGCUCACGGUGCAGAAUCGUCAGGCUAAAGUGACGGUGGUUCCAUCAGCCGCCGCACUUGUGAUCAAGGCGUUGAAGGAGCCGGAGAGAGACAGGAAGAAGGUGAAGAAUAUUAAGCACAAUGGUAACAUUUCGUUCGACGAUGUGAUUGAGAUCGCGAGGAUCAUGAGGCCUAGAUCUAUUGCUAAGGAACUUAGCGGCACUGUGAGAGAGAUUCUGGGGACUUGCGUCUCCGUUGGAUGCACUGUCGAUGGGAAAGAUCCGAAGGAUAUUCAACAAGAGAUCCAAGAUGGCGACGUUGAAAUUCCUGAGAAUUGAAAACGGAAAUGGAAAUGGUGUGUUCGUUUCUUUCACUUUUGUUUUUCAUUUCUGAGGUUUUAGCUUCUGUGUUUCAAAUUAAGAACGAGUCAGUUUUGGAUUGUUAUUUUGCCGCUUUUAUUGGAUCCCAAUUUUAUGCUA